AUGACUACCAUUCCUAAAGACGAUGAAAUCCCGACUUCAUCGACACCCUUACUCCAGGAAUUAGCUACUGUAGUUAACCCUCUAGAGGACUUGGAGUCAUAUCAUACUACAGUUGAUGGCAAACGAUUUUACAAAGGUCGUCAGUCAUGGAGCAAACCGAUAGGAAAUAAGAUCAAAGUAUGUAUUGCUUUGGCAGGGUUUGUCAUGAUGGGCUUGAACGACGCAGCUCUUGGGGCAAUCCUUCCGUCUCUCGAAGAACAUUACAGUCUUAAUGACUUGCAAGUGUCAGUAUUAUUCUUGAUCCCGGUUUUUGGAGCGUUUUCGUCUGCUGCCAUGAGUGGCUGGGUCCAUACCAGGAUUGGUCGUGGCGGUGUUGGGCUUUUUGGAAUAGGAUUCAAUUUACUAUGUUAUUCUAUUGCACUUACCGCCCCUCCUUUUCCACUUUUAUUAGCAGCAUGUGUUUGUUCUGGAUUCGGAUCGGGUCUUAUGAAUGGUUCAUGGAAUGCAUGGAUUGGCGCUUUUGAAAAUGCUCAUAGCAUUCUAGGAGUUCUCCAUGCCAGUUAUGCUCUUGGUGGCCUCUUGGGACCGGCGGUCGUCUCAUUAUUAUUGACCUUGGAACAACCCUGGUAUUAUUUCUACCGGCUAAUGGCCUGUAUUGCAGUCACCAUGCUGAUUUCAGUUUCUAUUGCAUUUCGCAACGACACAGCUCAAGCUUAUAAUAUCGAAACAAACCAAAUGCAUUCUACCACCAAUGCGGAGGAAGAACAUGAGAUUGAUCAUAUGGCAGCAUUUAAAUCUCCCACUGUAUGGAUCCUUGCAUUAUUCCUCUGUUCAUAUAAUGGUAUCGAGUUUAGUUAUAGUGGCUGGUUGGUAACAUAUAUGAUUCGUGAGCGUCAUGCCAAUCCUAAAACGGUUGGCCUGAUUUCGACAACAUUCUGGACUGGUCUGUCUUCCGGAAGACUUUGUCUUGGAUUUAUCACUGGCAGAUUUAAAAGUCUCAAUAGAGUGGUCCUUACCUACAUGGCUAUUGCAUUUAUUUUUCAUUGCGUGUUCUGGCUAGAUCACAAAGUGACAAUCAUUCUCAGUGGUUUGUUUAUAGCUAUAGUGGGAGUGUUUAUUGGGCCCAUAUACCCCUCCACCAUGGUUAUGGCCACUACCAAACUACCAAGAAACAUGCAUGUAUCUGGAAUUUCUACUGCCGCUGCUCUAAGUGGUUGCGGUUCGGCGGUAUUUCCUGUUGUCAUAGGUGGGUUUAUUAACCGGUUUGGAGCAUCAGUUUUGCUGCCAAUUAUCUUCAUGUUUUAUAUAAUUGCGACCAUGUUAUGGAUAUCUCUGUCAAUGGUGAAGUCGUACACUAGUGAAGAGGAUGACAGUGAAUCCAAUUAA